UCCACCCGCUGCAUCACAAAGUGUACACACACACACACACACACACACACUCACACUCACUGAGAUGGAGAGUGUGUGUGACCGAUGUGGUUGAGUGUCCCUCCGGAAACACAGACACUAACAUCAUCUCCAGAGACGGAGCGGUGAGUGAGGAUGAACUGGGCGACGUUCUACGCUGUGAUCAGCGGUGGUAGUCGUCACUCCACGGCUCUGGGGCGAGUGUGGCUCUCAGUGCUCUUCGUGUUCCGUGUGUUGGUGUUAGCCGUGGCCGCGGAGAGUGUGUGGAGUGACGAGCGUGAGCAGUUCACAUGUAACACACAGCAGCCAGGCUGCAACAGUGUGUGCUACGACCACUUCUUCCCCAUCUCACACACUCGUCUGUGGGCGCUGCAGCUCAUCCUGGUGUCCAGCGCCGCCCUGCUAGUGCACAUGCAUGUUGUGCACCGAAAGCACCUGCAGAAGAAGCUGCGGCGCCACCACCCAGGUCCGGGCGAGCUGGAACGGAUUGCCGCGCGCGCCACCGAGAUCAGCGGCGCCCUCUGGUGGACGUACGUCUUUAGCCUGCUGGUGCGCGUUGCCUUCGAGUCAGCCUUCCUCUACCUGUUCUACGCCAUCUACCCCGGAUAUCGCAUGUUCCGUCUGGUCAAGUGCGACGCCUACCCGUGUCCCAACACCGUGGACUGUUUCGUCUCGCGUCCCACAGAGAAAACCGUCUUCACCAUCUUCAUGCUGGCUGUCUCGGGUAUCUGUGUUCUCCUCAACAUCGCCGAGAUCAUCUUCCUCAUCGCCCGCGCUGUGAGCAAACACCUGAACUCCAGCGAGCAGCCGCAUGUGGGAGCCUGGAUCAGCCACAAACUCUUCUCCUACUAAAGACAUGUUUUAUUUAAAGAAAAAACCUUCAUCUUCACUCAGCUUCAACUCACUGCAUCACCACGCCUACACUACCCCUACCCCUACCCCUACCCUAACCUCACUGCAUCACCACGCCUACACUACCCCUUUGAUAAAUAAACAAACCGCUGUGAUUUGUAUUUAGCUAACAUUAAUGACAUUGAGUAACUAAUAAAGUUCAGAAUCUAAUCUGACCCUAAGCCUCUGUCUCUCUCAGCCUGGGCAGUUCACUAGUUAACUAGAUUUAACUAAUUCUGAGAUGUGAAGUAUGACACUGAAUAAAAGAGAUAGUUGUAGCAGAGAGAAUGAUAAGAAAAUGAGAGACUGAGAAGGGUCCCUAGGUAGGCAGCAUACUAGUGCUCCUUUAAAUCCAUAGAAGCUCAGGGGUGUGUGUAACGGUUGUUUCCUCCUCAGACAUGCUGCUGUGAUUUCACACCGUGAUCCAUGAUGAGAAAGCUGUUCCAUUUUCCCACAAUGCAUUGCAGUGAAUCAUUCUUGGCUAACAGAAGAGCUUACCUGGAAUGGGACAUUUUUGUUGACAUCAUCCUGUAAUUUGCAUAUGCUAAAUAAA